GCAGUUACGCGAAAACAGUAAAACGUGCACGGCUGGAGUUUUAUUUACAGACAAUGAAAUACAGAAUUAUGAAUUAACAUAGGAAUGUAACUCCUGAAGAAAACAACUUGCUCAUUGUCAAAAUUAGAAUGCUAUUGCUUUAUAUAUUAUUAUAAUGAAUCAUGCAACGUUAUAUGCAACGCUUUAACCUUAAUUCGUGAAUUAAUGUAAACAGUAAAAGCGUUGGAAUGGUUUUUACCUGUAUAAUAUAUUGGAUUCGCGAAAACAAUAUUCGCGAACGAAAUUAAGUUGCUGAACGUUUUAAUUAAUGAAAUUACCUUUGCUACGACUCAAUCAUUGAAAUGAACAACCGUGAAAGAGCCACUGUGAAUUUCCUUGGUUACCAUCCAGCAUUCAUUAUCAAUCAUCGAUAAAUUCUAUAAUUGUUAAUUUUGUGCGGAUCACUAGGCUGAACGCAUCAUUGCGAAAUUUGGUUUUAAAUUGCUCAUUCGGUGCUGCCACCUGUUCAUACAAUCAAAUUGACAAUGGCUCGAGGUCAGCUGUUAAAUGUGUGGCUGUUAAUAACGAUGUUAGUAGAACUGAGAGUACAAAGAGCAUCAAAGAAAGGAUUCAAUUCGGUAAAAUUGAAGAAAGUUUAUCUUCGAUUCAUUUACUAGCUUCAAAAAUAGAAUAUAGAAAUGGAUUGCCCGAUAUGUGGUAAGGAGUUUUUGGCCUCGGAGAUCGAGAGCCACGUGAAUAAAUGUUUGUUUUUAAAUGACAUGUCAAAAAAUGCGAUAUCUUCGGUGGAAUCUGGUGGUAUCAAAAGGUUCCACUCCUCAGGACUGCAAGGUAAUAACAAGAGAAAAUCGUUCGGGCCUUUGGUCAAAAAAGCCAAAUACUUGGCGUCCAGUGAAAACUUGGAGGAAAGUGAGGAGAAUGACGAACAAAGUGCCGCUGCCGGUAUCACCUCAGCCGAAAGUGCCAAUCUCGCUCCCCAUAUUCAACAGAACAAAGUUGGUAGUAUUAAAAAAUCUCACAAAGACGACCAUGUUCCACUUGCCGAAAGAGUGAGACCUACGGGUCUGAUGAAUUACGUAGGUCAGAAACAUGUUCUUGGAUCACAGUCAGUCCUCCUUCAGUUGUUGGAAAAGAAAGAAAUUCCUAGCAUGAUUUUAUGGGGACCUCCAGGCUGUGGGAAGACAUCUCUAGCGAACGUGAUAGCUCAUAUAUGUAAACAAACGCCUGGUGGUAAGAUGAGGUACGUAAAACUGUCUGCGGCAAUGUCGGGCGUUAAUGAUGUCAAGGAAGCUGUUAGUCGAGCAGCAAAUGAGUUAAAAUUUGGUCGGCGCACCGUGAUGUUCAUGGACGAGAUACACAGGUUCAACAAGCUCCAGCAGGAUAUUUUUUUGCCCCAUGUCGAGGCUGGCACAGUGACUUUGGUAGGAGCAACGACAGAGAAUCCAUGCUUCAGUUUGAAUUCUGCUCUGUUGAGCAGAUGCCGUGUCGUUGUAUUGGAAAAGCUAACGACUCCUGACCUCGUUUCGAUCAUCAAAAAUGCUGUAACCUUCAUGGAGGGCAAGGUGUUCUCUGCUUCUGAGAACGCUAGUUCUGGAAGCAGUAACAACACUGUCAAUGAAUCGUACAGUUCAGAGGGUGAAUACACACAAUCGGCUGAGACUGAUGAGUCGUUUGUUCCAACGUUUAUAGUAGAUGAUCCCACGGUUCAGUGGUUGGCUGAAACAUGCGACGGUGAUGCACGCAUAGCCUUGGGAGGGCUUGAACUUGCAAUCCAAUCAAAAGUUCCUGCUGAAAAGGAGUUCCUUGAGAAAGGACCUGGACUCAUUACCUUGACUGAUGUGAAGGAAAGCCUGAAGAAGUCACACAUAUUGUACGAUAAGAAGGGGGACCAACAUUACAACUUAAUAUCUGCGUUGCACAAGUCCGUUAGGGCCAGUGACGAUAAUGCUGCGCUUUACUGGCUUGCUCGUAUGCUGGCUGGGGGCGAAGAUCCCAUGUAUAUUGCCCGACGAUUAGUCAGAAUGGCUAGCGAGGAUGUUGGCCUUGCUGAUCCUAAAGCGUUGGGUAUGGCAGUGUCUGUGAUGAACGGAUGCAAGAUGAUUGGCAUGCCUGAAAGUGACGUGUUAUUGGCUCAGUGCACUAUAUACCUGGCAAGAGCUCCAAAGUCUCGGCUAAUGGAAGAUGCGCUUAGAGCGGCGCAAAGAUUGGUGGCCAAUCAAAAAGGGCAACAGCCUGACGUCCCCAUCCACUUGAGAAGUACGGGUUCCUCAAAAUUGGUCAGUCUACUCGGAAAUGGAAAAGGAUAUAAUAUGCUGCAUAAAGACGAUUCUGGAUUGAAUUACAUGCCGCAGGGUAUGGAGGAUGUGAAUUUUUUUGAAGAGGACGAACUUACUAGUAUUAUCGGUUGAUAUUACAUAUUUAUAAAUUACCAAUCCUGUUUCAAACGUUAAUACAUACUGUUUUCUUUUAAAAGCUGCGAAUGUGAAAAAGAUUGUGAUUUACGUUGCUUAUAAUUUUAUGAUAAGGUGGAAAGAAGUGAGAGGAAAAAAAAAUUAAAGCCCUUAAGUACAAGUUAAUUUUUAAAAUUAAAUUAAAAUUGCGGCCAAAUCGACCAAACACUACCUCCGUAGGUUGCACAUAUCGGAUUUUAAUGAUAUUGUUAUGUGUGAGAUCAAGAUUAUAUUUUUUCAAAUACA